UUGUAGGGGCGCCCAUACCAUGUAAAAGGCUCUGCGGCCCCCUGACAAAUGAGCGAACACUCAUUGGUCAGGUGAAGGAAUCUUUAGCAAGACGCGCUGCCGGCAACGAUGGGAACGAAUGAUCGCACAAACCCUGGUAGGUUAUGAACGUUGACUCCUGAUAAUAAUCCAGUGUAAACCUGCGUCAAUAAACUCGCUAUAUGGUCGUUAGGACCAUAUAUGGAGCACUGACUGCAAGCAGAGAUCUUAAAAUUGAGGAACAGAAACACCUGGUCUAUCUGAGACGUUCUUGGAGAUUCUACAGAAUUCAUUACUAGUUGCUCAUUGUUUUCCCGUGAAGAGUCCGGCAGGCAAGAGGUCACAGUACUGGUACUAUAGUGGAGUAGUAGAGAUGAUGUAGUGUUAAUACCGUGUGAUGCAACAAGGCUGUCGCCUUCAGUCAGGAAGUCACCGAGCAGCCCACAGACCCGAGGGUGGCAGCUUCGCUACGGGAAGUGAUGUUUCUGGCGGCCACCUAUGACAGGAAGAUGUGGUCAGGGACGGAAAUGUCAGUAAAGUAGCUUCACAAUCACCGACGAUGGAGCAGCGUUUACCAUGACGACCAGACUUGAUGGGACCCAGUGCGAUGACCAUGGACAUGAUGGGAAAUUCUGAAGCUCUGGAUGAAGGGGAGCCCUGGACCCCUGUGCAGAGAGAACGCUCCUUCACGGCCGGGUCUCUAUCCGAGAGCUCAGGGUUGAAGAGAAGGAACCAAGGUGAUCGCGCUCGGGCACAGGUGGCAGAGGAGAAGGAGCCCAGCAACAAGAGAGUCAAACCCGUCACCAAGACUUUGUCUGCAAACAGCACCCCCCAACAAGUGAAAGUCACCCCACUGAAGAAGCUCAGCUUGUCCAUCCAGCGCUCCAUAGGCAGCCGGAAUGAAAACCGCCUCUUCAGCUUCUCUCCUCGGACACGGAGCCGAGACAGCGGCUCCGCAAAGAAGAGAAGCAGCAAAUUGUGGAGCGAAACAUUCGACAGCGCGGGGGAGGAACUGUGUGCGCGUGAGAUUAAGAGGCAAGAGGUGAUCUUCGAGCUGAUGCAGGGGGAGCGCAUGCUUGUCGAAGAUCUGCACUUGGUAAAGAAGAAUUACUAUGAACCAAUGUUAAAGUUGGCCAUCAUGACCCAGCAUGAACUAAACCAGAUCUUUGGCAUCCUGGACACCCUUCCUCCAUUGCACCAAGACCUCUUUGAUCGCCUGGUAAAGUUACGACAUGAGGAUGGUACCGUAGAGCAGGUGGGGCCCACCAUGUUGGAUUGGCUUCCUCAUCUUCACAUCUACAAAGCAUAUUGCUGUAACCAAGUAGCUGCCAAAGCUCUGCUGGACCACAAGAGACGUAAUCCAGCCGUGCACAACUUCCUCCAGCUGUGUCAAGAAUCCGCUUUCAGUCGUAAACUAGAUGUGUGGAGCUUCCUUGACUUGCCGCGGAGCCGACUGGUGAAGUAUCCUCUACUGCUGAAAGAACUGCAGAAGCACACCGUGCCGGAGCACCCCGACCAUGCCGCCCUGAGCCAGGCGGUGUCCGUCGUCCAGGCAAUUAUUAGUAUGAUAAACUGCAAAGCCGGGGAGGCUGAAUGCGAAUAUUACAGGAAGAGACUGUGUUAUCUGUACGAAAACCAGGGUGAAGAGGACGUGUCUCGCUCACGGCUCCUACUUUGUCAUGGAGAGCUGAAGAACAAUAAAAGCCAAAGGCUCCAUGUCUUCUUGUUUGAGACCACCCUUGUCCUCACACGCCUGGUGACGCACAACGAUCAGCUCGAGUUCCAAGUUUACCGUCAGCCCAUCCCGCUGCCCGAACUUGUCCUGGAGGAUCUCUGUGAUGGAGAGGUGCGGGUGGGAGGCUCCAUACGAGGGGCUUUCACUACGGCCAACGAGCGAGCCAAAAACUUUUUCCGCGUGAGUUUCCGAGAUCGCUCCAGGGGACAAGCUCACACCUUACAAGCCAACGAUUCCUUUAACAAACAGCAGUGGGUCAGCUGCAUCCGACAUGCUAUGGUGGCAAGUAGGGAGCAGAACGCCAGCCCCGCCACCUCCCAGGACACGCCCAGCACUCUGAUUAACCUCUCAGACCUAAGUCUGAACUGCCGUGAAGACCGUGACCAGAUGGAAGAUAGAUAGAGGACCAUAUGUGGGACAAGGACCUAUUGCAAUGUCUGACGUAUGAGUCGCUCCAUCAGGACUUGGAGCCCCCCUCCCAUUCCUCCAUAUUUCUUACUGUAAUGAUGUAAAUAGUUUUUGACUUUUUAGUUUUUUUUCCCCACAUCCUAAUGUUGGGCUCUUUGAUGGCAGGAUGCAUUAUGGGAUAGUUCCUAAUCCCAGUAGAUUGGAUUUCGAUGUGAAUUUGUUACUUUACUCGGGGGUUACAUCCUUUAUAUCAUAUGUGAUACCUGUUGUUGUUUAAUGCCCCUAAACCAGUGCUGGGCAAACUGCGGCUCUCCAGCUGUUGUAAGACUACAAAUCCCAUCAUGCCCUGCUGUAGGCAGACUGGGCAUACUGGGAGUUGUAGUAUUACAACAGCCCAUCCCUGCCCCAAACAACUCCAGUCCUCAUCCUCUCUUGAGUAGAAUGAAUUACAGGGAGCAGAUAGGAUGAAUAAUAGAUAAAAACAUCACUAACCCAGAUAGAUUAGCGCCAUCCUAUGGGCAGCAUCGGAGGCACCGGUAGGUAUCCUUUCCUUUGACUCUAACAUUAGACAGGUUGUGGACCCCUAAGGCUACUUUCCCACUAGCGUUUUUGUCUGAUCCGGAAGAGAUCAGCAAAAAACGCUUCCGUUAUUGAUAAUACAACCGUCUGCAUCCGUUAUGAACGGAUCCGGUUGUAUUAUCUUUUAAAAUGGCCGGCAUUACAAACAUUGUAAGUCAAUGGGUGCCGGAUCCGUUUUCUGUUGUGUCCGAGAAAACGGAUCCAUUGACACCAUUAACUUGCAUUGCGUGUCAUGCCGUAUCCCAUGCUUGCAGUGGUUCUCUCUCUCCAGUAUGGGAAAGGAACCAUACGGAAUCCAUUCUGGAGCAUUCCGUGAAGUUCUGUCCCCAUUGACAAUGAAUGGGGACAAAACUGAAGCGUUGUUCUCCGUCUGCCGGAUCUCAAUACCGGAAAGGAAAAACGCAGCUGUGGAAGUAGCCUAAGAUAAAAUUAAUUAAAGGGGUUUAUCUGGGAUUGUCAUAUUGAUGAGCUAUCCUCAGGAUAGGUCAUCGGUAUGAGAUUGGUGGGGGGUCUGACUCCCGGGACCCCUGCUGAUGAAGCUGUAUGAGGAAGCUGCGGUGCUCGGUGAGUGCUGUGGCCUUUUCCUAGGCCAUGUGACAUCACGUUCAUCGGUCACGUGGCCUAGUUGCAACUCGGCCCCGUUCAAGUGAACGGAGCUGAGCGUCAACACCAAGCACGGCCACUAUCUAAUGGACGACGCUGUGCUUAGUAGGUAGAGAGGAGGGGGCUGCGGCACUCACCGGAGAGCUGCGGUCUCUUCCAACAGCUGAUUGGCAGGGGGCUCAGGAGUCGGACCCCCGCCGAUCUCGAGCGUAGGUCAUGAAUUAUAAUCACAGAAAACCUCCUUAAGGCCAGGAAUACGUAUAAACUAAAGAAUCUAGCUCACCUGGGAAAAUGGCAAGGGCAGCGUAAAGUCCGGGAGAUGCGACAAUUUUGUAAAAAGUCGCAAACUCAUAGGAUGCGAACCAAUAAUGGACAACUAUUACAUAAACAGUUCAAAUACAGGACCACCCAGGAUCCAAAUUGCAAAGUUACAGAUGAAGACCUACAUCUGGAAUAUUAGAUGGCAUUAUACAUGUACUUCUAUCAAUGUGUCUGUAUACGCUGAUACGAUCUCGUUACAGCCUACUGUAGUCAAUAAAAGACGCGGGAAUGAU